AUGUUUCAAUUAUUUUUCAUUAUAUUUUUAUAGUAAAUGUGUCUUGUCAACUCUUAAUGGAGUUUAUCAAGAAGAUUUUUAUUUUAGAAUUAGAUUUUUCAAGAAGCCUUUGGAGAAACUUAUUAUUAUUACCCCUUUUACUAUAAUACUAGCUCAUUUAUGAUUCCAAUGUAAUUUAAUAGGACUGCUAAUUUUAUCAGUUGUAUUAAUCCUAAUACUAGCUAUAUAACUUUGAAUUAAACUUAUCCUGAAGUUUAAUUCUAUGGUUUGGAAUGUGAAUAUUAUUGCUAUAAUUGCUAAUGUCGAAGCAAUUAUCUUUAAAAAUUUUCUCCAGGAUUUUUAUCAUUUGAUUUAUAUUUUUAAGGUACUUGGAAUAAUGGCAAGGUGAUAUUUUCUAUGGGUUCUUUUUCAAAUUAUUAUGAAUAUAAUUCACCAUCAUAAUAUUCAUUAAAUAAAGAAUUUUGCGACGAUAUUUAUUAUGACAUCAAAACAGUUAAUUUUACAAUUCCCUAUGAGAUAUCUGGAAAUUUUAAAUUUACAAUUGAAAAUUAAGAUAAUUCUGGAUAAGUUUCAAUAAGAAAUAUAUAUAAUAUGUAUUACAGCUGUCAUUUUUUUUGUAAAACAUGUACAGGUCCAUAAUAAAAUUAAUGUACGUCUUGCUAUUAUGGAACACCAAUUAAUAGUAUUUGUCCUUUAUGUCCUCAAAAUUAAUACUAUGUUAAAUACGUAGGUUGUAGAUCAAAAUGUGAUUCUAUUUAACCAUUAUGUUUGAAUGGAGUUUGUAAUAAAUGUCCAAGUAAUUUUGAUUUAUAAUAUUAGCUAAUUUUACAAUAGGUUAUGCUCAAGUUAAUUAAAUUAAACCUAAUGAUGGUAAUAGUUAUAAAGAGUAUUUAUAAUGGUCAAAAAUUUAUGACCCAGACUUUAUUAAUGAUUCUGUAAAUGUUCUUAAUCAUUCAAAUCAAUCUUUAUAUGGAAUUUUUAAUUAUAAUUCUGGAAUUAUGAGAUCAAUUCCGAUAUCAAAUAAUUAUGGAUAUUAUCUGAAGGUAAGAAUUUUUAUAGUAGUCUUUAAUGAGAUUCCUUUAGAUUGUGGAAUUUAAUUCAAAUUUAAUAAUACUUAUGUAGGAUCAAUAUUUAAAAAUAGUUCUGGUGUUUAAUUACAUUAAUUUAAAGAAUUCUCUUCUAUUUCUUUAGGUCCUUAUAAUUCUUAUUAAAGUUCUAUCAAAUAUUAAAUCGAUGGAUUUUUUGAUUUACCUAAAUAACCUAUAUUGUUUACUGCAAUAGGCAAUUUUAGGUAAAUAUUAUAAUUUAAAUAUUAGUGAUUCAUCUUCAGGAUGGGCUUUCUAAUCAAUUUAAUUUACAACAAAUAGCUGUACAGACUUAUGUAAUAUUUGUGAUGUAAAUUUCAAAUGCAAGUAGUGUUCGAAUAGUUAUAGAUAUAGAGAUGGAACAUGUAUUCAAUAUUGUAAUAGAAUAUAUUAAAAAGUGGUAGUAGAUUAUUGUAAAGAUUUUGAUGAUGAAACACCAUGUAAUAAUACUAAUAAUAAUAAUAAUAGAUUCUUAACUUUUGAUAAAAGAGGAUUUGAAUUAAUUUGAAUUAGAUUAUACUAAAUAAAUUGAUAUUUUCUUAUAUUACCCUGAAUAUACUUUGGUGUAAACAAAUGGAUCAAAUUUUUUAAAAGGAUCUGAUAGAUAUUUCUCGUAUUGGGAAGGAUAAAGAAUUCUUGGUGGUCAGUUCAUUUGGGCAUAAGCUAGAUUUAGAAGAGUCUUUUAAAAUAUAAAUCCUCAUCAUAGUAUAUCAAUUGGUUUCUAUGUUUUGUUUGGUCCAUCUUUUCCUCCUGAUGGAUUAUUCAUCUAUUAGAUUGAAUAAGAAGAGUUCUCUACAACAUUAGGAAUUAUAAAUGCUUUUCAGAAUGGUACAAGACAAAAAAUAAUCACAAAUAAAGUGAAUCAUUCUCUUAAUAUAUUAACAUUAGAAUUACAAUGUUAUGGACCAAACAAUGAUGUUACUUUAGAAUAUUGUGGAUUAUAUAAUUUUUAUUUAGCUAUUCAUUACUGUUAACCUUUUUGUUUAGAAUGUAUAGAUGAUAAAAAUUGUACUUUAUGGAAUAGUACUUAUGAUUCAAGUUUAAUUUAAUUUUCUAAAGAUGAAUGUGAAUCCAAUCAAUAUUUUAAUGAAUAUUAAUUCUUAUGUGUUGAUUGUGAAUCUAGAUGUACUUAAUGUAUAUCGAAAUUAAAUUGUUCAAAUUGUUAACAUCCUAGCUACUCUUUAACUUAAUUUGGAUGUUUUUGUAAAUAAAAUUAAUAUGAAGAAUCUAACUAAUGUUUUGAUUGUCCUAAGGAAUGCAAUUAAUGUUUAAGUUCAACUUAUUGUACUGAAUGUUUAUCUAUAAAUAAUAGAAAAUUAUCAAAUGGGUCAUGUCCCUGUAUUAAUGGUUAUUAUUAAAAAGAUUAAGAAGUUAUUUGUUUAUUAUGCAAUAAAUUUUGUGGUAAUUGUUUUGGUCCAAGUUCUAAUGAUUGUUUAAAUUGCAAUGUGGAAAUAGAAAAUAUUUAAUUAAUAAAUUCAACAUGUAAAUGCCCAAAUAAUUCUUUUUAUGAUUCUUCAUCUAAUAGAUGUACAUUUUGUAAUUAAAAUUGUUUAACUUGUUUUAAUGAUAGAGUUGAUGGUUGUUUAACUUGUGAUUCUUAAUUAAAUAAGUAAAUAAAAGGUUUGAAAUGUGAAUGCAAAUCAGGAUAUUAUUUAUUAGAUAAUAUAUGCAUUCAAUGUCCUAUAAAUAUAGAUGUAUAACUUUUAUAAUGUUAUAAAUAUUGUAAUAAUGGUGAAAUGAUUUGGCAUAAUACAUUAUGUGAAAAUUGUGGUUAAGGUUUUAAUUUAAUUUCUAAUGAAUGUAUACCAAUAUGUGGAGAUCUUUAAAUUGUUGGAUAUGAAUAAUGUGAUGAUGGUAAUACGAUUUUAAAUGAUAAAUGUUUUAAUUGUUAAUACUAAUGUCCAAUAAGUUGUGUAACUUGUGAUAUUUCUACUAUUCUACCUUGUGAUGUAUGUGGAGAUGGAUUUAUUGGUGGUGAUGAAGAAUGUGAAGAUGGCAAUGAUAUUCAAUUUGAUGGAUGUUAUAAUUGUAAAUAUUAAUGUUAAAAUGAAUGUACUAAAUGUAUUAAAGGAGAAUGUUCUGAAUGUGCUACUAAAGGAUGGCAGUUAGAUGUUUCUACUUUUCCUUGGGUAUGUAAAGAAAUUUGUGGAGAUGGUUAUAAAAUUGGAAUUGAAGAAUGUGAUGAUGCUAAUUUCAGAGAUUCAGAUUCAUGCGAUAAAUGUAAAUUUCUAUGUAGGAAGGGAUGCUCAUUUUGUGAUUAUUAAGAGAAAAAAUGCUUAAGUUGUGAAUAUCCUGGAUUUAAACCUUAGGACUAUUAUUGUGUACCAAUAUCAAAUGAUGGAUUGCUUGUAUUUGAUCCAUAUGGAUUUUAUUAUGAAGCAUAUGAUGGCACCGCAUAUUAUGAUGCAUAAACUAAUUCUUAUUAUAAUAAUGAAAGGUCGUAUUUUAAUGAAAAUGGAGAUUUUAAAUGUCAACCUAUAUAAUGCAUUAAUUGUCUAAACUAAAAAUGUUUAGCUUGUAAAGCUGGGCAAGAGCUUUAGGAUGAUAAUAUUUGUAAACCAAAAUGUUAGGAUUCUAUUAAAGCAGAAAAUGAAUAUUGUGAAGAUUCUUUCAAUUUACCAUACAGAGGAUGUCAAAAUUGUUAACCAAAAUGCUAAAAUUCUUGUGAUAAAUGUGAUACAAGAGGAAAAGGUUGUUUGAAAUGUAAGGAAGAAUACAGUUUUAAUGAUUAUUUAUGCUAUUCUAAAUGUGGAAAUAUGUUAAUUAUGUAUGAAAAGGAGUGUGAUGAUGAAAAUUUAAUAUAUGAUGAUGGAUGUCACUUCUGUUUAUUAAUAUGUUAAAAAUCUUGUUUAACUUGUAUUAAUGGAGUUUGUUAAGAUUGUUAGAAUGGUUAUCAAUUAAUAUAAUCUAGAUGUUAUGAAAUCUUUAAUAUAUUUGAUAAAAUCGUUUAUUCCAAUAAUAUUGAUCAUUUUAUAUAAAUAGAUAAAAAAUAAAAACGAAAUGUCACUUAUGGAUGGCAUGAUAUUGAACAUUAAUUAAAUAAAUAUAAAGAGAUUUGUAGAAUUUGUUAUAAAAAUUGUGAAAUUUGCAAUGAAGAAUUUUGCCUUACAUGCUUUCAAGGUUAUUAUUUAAAUGAAUAAUAUGAAUGUAAAUCUUAAUGUGGUGAUGGUAUUCUUACAUAAGAUGAAUAAUGCGAAGUAAAUGAUAUAUCUUGCUUUAAUUGUGUUUUUAUCAAGCCUUAAAAUUGCUAAGAAUUUUUUAAUCAUAUAUAAAUUUACACUUAAUAUGGUUAUUAUUUUGAUUAAUUCAAAAGUUAAUGUAUUUCAUAAUGCGGGUAUGGAAUAUGUAUUCACAAUGAAGAAUGUGAUUCUUUUGAAAAAAAUUGUGUGAAUUGCAAAAGUUAAUGUGGAGAAUAUUGCUUAAAAUGUAAAGAAGGAUUUUGUCUCUAAUGCGAAGAAUCUUAUCAUAUUUAGAAUGGGUAAUGUUUAAGAAUGCAUUAAUUGGUUUAAGAAGAACUAACUUGUAAAUUAAAAAUUUUUAAUUUGUGUUUAGAAUGCCAUGAUUAAUUUAUUUUAGAUUCUUAGGGUAAAUGUCAAUAAUCUUGUUAAGAUAGCUGUAUACUAUGUAAAUUUGGAUUAUGUUAUGAAUGUAAGGAACAAUAUUAUUUAAAUUUAAAUAAUUGUUAUCUAAAAACAUAAUGCUCAUUUAGUUUAUACUUAAAUCUUGGUUUUUAAGAAUUUGAAUUAUAUUGUGGAGAAUAAUUGUCAAAUAAAACAUUAGCUGAUGGCUUUAAUUAUUUCACAUCCUUAAGUACUUCUUAGCAUAUAAAAUCUCUUUAUGAAAACUAUUUUGAUUUGAUUUAAUAAUUUUAUGUAGUUGAAGAAGAUUUAUUUUUAGAUAAAUUUUAGAAAUUUUCUUCAAUAGAAACAAUUUAUUAGAUUCAACAAGAUUAUUAUGAUGACUAGAUUUUUAAUAUAAAUCUUUAAGAACUCCUAUGUAAUACAAAUUGUAAAAUUUGCUUAAAUGAUUAAUGCAUUGAAUGUGAAAUUGGAUGGAAAAUUAUAGAUUUUUAAUGUGUUCCAAUAUGCGGAGAUUCUUUAAUUGUAGGAAAUGAAUAAUGUGAAGAUAAUAAUUUAUUUGAUUAUGACGGAUGUUAUUAAUGUUAAUAUUAAUGUGCAAAGAAUUGUUAAAUUUGUGAAAAUGGAAAGUGUAUAAAAUGUAUAUUAGAUUAUAAUCUAGAAUAUACUAAUGAAUGUAGAUAAAUAUAAUCCUUAUAUACUGUUUAAAACCAUUAAUAUGAUUGUAAAAUAUUUAUUAAUGAUCAAUGUAUAUUAUGUCAGCAUGGUAAACUAGAAUCAACUAUUGGAAUUUGUACAAUUAACAAUAUAAUAUAAAGUUUUGAAAAUUGUUAGAUAUAGGUCAAUUAAAAAUGUACACAAUGUAAAUAAGGUUAUUUUGGUCUAAAUUGUUUGGAUGGAGAUGGAGUUAAUUUUCCUAUUGAUAGAUGUGGAGAUUAAAAUCAAUAAUAAACACAGAUAUGUAAAUAAUAUUAGUAAUGUGAUUAAAAUUGCUUGUAUUGUGUAAAUUAAAUAUGUUAUCUUUGUAAUUAAGGAUCCUUUUUGUUUAACAAUUAAUGUAUUUUAUCUGAAAUUGAUCAAUUUAAAUAUAUUAGUUAAAUUAAACCAAAAUGUGGUGAUGGUUUAAUUUAAAUUUUUGAAGAAUGUGAUGAUAGAAAUUUAGAUUAAAUUAGUAAUUGUUAUAAUUGUAAAAUUUCUUGCUUUCCUGAAUGUCUUUUUUGUUCUUAUGGAAUAUGUUAGGCAUGUAAAGAAGGAUAUAUUUUAAAUUAAAAAAACUAAUGUGAAACUUUUUGUGGUGAUAAAAUCAUUGUUCCAUAUUCAAAAGAAUAAUGUGAUGAUGGUAAUACUUAAGAUCUUGAUGGUUGUUCUUAAUGUAAAAUUGAAUGUACAUAAUUUUGUUUAUUUUGCAAUAAUGUAUUUUGCUUAAAAUGUGAAGAAGGUUUUUUCAUUUAACAAUCUUAGUGUUAACCUAUUUGUGGAGAUGGAAUAGUUAUCUAAGAUUUUGAAGAAUGCGAUGAUUACAAUGAUGAACCUUAUGAUGGUUGUUUUUAAUGUUAAUUUUAGUGUAGAAAAAACUGUAAAUUAUGUAGUAAAGGAAUAUGUUUAGAUGAAUGUCCUUAAGGAAUGGUAUUUUUUGGUGAUAUUUGUAUUGAAAAACCAUGUAUAUAGAAUUGUUAAAUUUGUGAGUUAGGAUAUUGUUUUUAAUGCAAUCCAGAAUAUUCUUAUGAUGAUGAAAAUAAUUUAUGUAUUAAAAAUAAGAAGACUGAAAAUACUUCUUUAUAGAUAUUGAAAAUUGAUGAAAAUUUUUGGAUAUGUCGUGAAUUUGAAUGUGUUUAUUCUCCUGCUCCAAUUAUGUUAGUUAAUUACUUAAAUAAGACAUUUACUAAAUAAUAUAUUGGAAUAUAAUUUGAUCAACAAGUUAAAUUUAAAUUUUUUGAUGAAGAUGAAUAAGAUUAAUUAAUUUUUCAAUUCAUGUUUACUAAUCUAAAAGAAGAAUAAUAUAAAAUCAAUCUUAAUUCAACCUAAGCAAUCUCUCAAAACCUUAGUUUUGUUUAAUACUUUAUUGAGAUUGAAAACUUAGUCUCAAUAGAUGAAAAACCAAAUUUCUUUAUUAUUUUGAAAUCAGAAAUCAUUAACUCUUAUAAUCAGUGUGUUUAAAAUAAAUAAGUGACUCUUUAGUUAAAUUAACCAAUAGUUAUGUCCGAUUCGCAAAGGUAAAGCUCCUAGUUUAUGCAAAAUACUAAUAAAGUCUUCAUGUAUGGAGCUAUUUCAGUAAGCAUUUUAUCUACAUUUGCUGGAGAUUCAUCCUUUUUUUUAGAAACACUUGAUGUACUAUAAUAACAAUCUUACUUGAAAUUUAUUAAUGUAGAAUUUCCAGAAAAUCUUUACAUUUAUUUUGAAGCCUCAGAAAUGUUAAGUGUUAGUACAUAUUUUUAAAAAUUUGAUUUUUAUUACUACUACAAUGAAAUAUUAGGAUUGACAGAAACCAAUAAUUUAGAGGGAAAAUUUUAAUUUUAUGAUUUAGAUCCAGAUAUCAUGACCAGUUUACUUCCUUAGAUAUUUUAAUGUACAGGAUUACUACUUCUUUUAUAUUUAUGCAAUCCUUUAUAAAGAUUAUUUCAUUAAAUUAUGUUAAAAUAAUAGAUUUAUGAUUAUUUUCAAGUUUCAUAAUAGAAAAUUUAAGCUCUAUUUAUUAAAUUAAUAAAACUUAUUAGAUUAUGCUUAAAAAAUACAAUUAGUUUAAAAAUUAAUAUUAUUAUCAAGAAUUUCUUGAUAUUAAAUGCAUGGGAUUUACUUUUUAAAUCAUUUCUAUAAGUACGUUUUGUUUCAAGUAAAUUCACUAGAGCAAUUUUCCAAACUAUAAUAGGCACAAUGAUUUUAUGUGUAUAUGGCCAUUAUAUUCUCAACCUUUUAAGUAGAAAAAGCAAAACAUCAAACAAAUAUGAUUCAAAUACUAAUAAAUUUUAUUCAUUAGAUUUAGGUAGAAAAUUUAUUUACAAUUUUGUUUUGAUCUUUUUCUAAGAGAACCCUACUCUGUAAAUUUUAUUUCUAUUAAUUAUCAGUAUAACUUAAAGCUUCAUAAUUUUUAUAUAUGAUUAAAGCAACCCCAUAUAAAAGUUGAUCUCAAUAUUAAAUGAAAGUGCAAUAUCAUUAUUUACUGGAACCAGCUUAAUUUAUAUUGAUUAGAAUAUCACUUAUGUUUCAAAUGAAACGAUAAUAAAAUUUGGCUUUAUUUAAAUGGGUAUAUUAUUGUUAAACUUAUUAAUUGUUUUCUUCAAAUAAUUAUUGAUUAAAUUAGAUUUUAUUUUGAAAAAGGUAUUUUAGAAAGGAACCCAAAAUCAAAAUGACAUAAAAAAUAACAUACUAGUGUUUUGA